AUGUUGCAUCUCAUAUGGUUCAGUAGCCACAACAAGUAUGAUGAAUGCAAAAUCACGGAAUUAAAAUCUCUGCUGCAUAUAUUCGGAUACAAGGAUGAGGGAAAAGCAUUGCUCAAUCACACGAACAAGCACAAGGGUGAAGUGUUUGUUAAGGUAACCCUCCCAGAAGAUAUAGAUUGGAAGAGUGUAAUUUCUAGAAGCGUUUUAAUAAAAGGUAUUAUACAAAUUUGGAGUGAAGGGCCAACAUACGAUGACGUAUUAAACGACUUGCUAUCGAAGGAGCAUUUAUUUUCUAGCCAUUUGGAGGAUAAAAAGUGGCGUUUUCAUUUUAACUCAUUUGGGAAAAUAGUCAGCCAAAAUGAUAAAGUAAAAAAGAUGGAACAUUUUAAAGUCAUACUUGACAAGUAUCCUAAAGUGGAUUUGUCGUCCCCAGAAGUAGAGUUAGGCCUUCUAGAAGAGUAUGACCAAAAUAAUAUGGGAAUUUUAAAAAAAAUAUUUUUUGGGAAGUCCAUGGCCCUACGAAAGAACAACAGAACUUUAGUGUAUAGAAGAAACGACGAAGGUCACAUGAUAAACGAUGUAAGAACCAAAAAGACGCAACUAGCAUGGUGGAUACAUUACUCUCUAAAUAAGAGACCCGUUUUGGGCCCCACAACAACGGACAACGAGUUAGCAUUCCUGAUGUGCAAUAUUGCGAAAAUUAAGGCAGGACAUAUUGUUUUGGAUCCCUUCGUUGGGUCGGGGGGGCUACUAAUCACGUCCUCCAUUUUUAACGCUAUAUGUGUAGGCAAUGACAUAGACAUAAGGCUACUCAAGGGAUAUAAAAUAGCCUACCUGAACCCUCAUAUGCAACAUAAAAGUAGGAAUAAAAAUAUUUUCGAGAAUUUUUUGCAUUAUGAUUUGAGCCUUCCGGAGAUUCUCGUGUCUGAUAAUUCCAAACCCGUUUGGAAUGCCUUUCACAAACCCUGGGUUGAUGCCAUCGUUACGGAUCCACCGUAUGGAAACAGGGCCACCGUCCGCAUAUGCCUGAGGAAUGCCCACGCGGGGGGCUCUAGCAACGGGAAGGCACCCGAGAAUGGGGUUCCCCUCCCCGGCGGGGAUAACACCGAUAGCGACGAUAGCAGCGGUAGCAACAAAAGCGCAGAUAAUAGCCAAAGGUGCCACUUUAGUGAUAAGGACGAACCCGGAUCCUCUCCCCAAUGUGACAGUGUGGACCGUAAAAGAGUAAAAUCUUUAAUGACUACCAAAACGGUCACAUACAGCUGCACCGCAGCCGUGAGAGACUUGCUAAACAUUGCUUCCAUUACGCUGGUCGAUAACGGCAUGUUGGUGUUUCUCCUACCAGUGCAGUUGGAUAAUUUGGAAGAAGAAAUUGCCAUACUAAAGCAUGACGAUUUUUUUCUCAUUUCGUACGACUUGCAAACUUUUACACCAUGUUCUGGAAGGCUCAUAGUUUCGAUGCAACGGAAGUGUAGGAAGCCUUCUAAUUAG